AUGAAAGAUAUAGAUGAAAUACUUGUUCAGAAGUUAUGGGAUGAUCUUCCUGUUGUUAAUGGAUCAGAGUGGAAGUUGUUUGAAAAAAAUGUAAAUAUCCAACAGACUAUUGAAACUAUUAUACAACUGUUUUCAUUGCAUUUUAAUAAGAUGUUUUCUAUUCUUAUAGGGCUUUUGAGAAAACUAAAAAAAUUAUCUACUGAAACACUUCCAUUACAUGCACAAUCGAUAGAACUUUUAUAUAGUCAGCUUGUUUUGUUGAGAAUUAUAUCUAUUUCUAUUUCUAGGCGUUGGAUGUUAUCUGUAGAUGUCAAGAAGUCUUUAGAUUCUCCAAAAUUUAGUGAAUUUCCAAAGAUUUGUCCGCUUCCGUCGUUAGAUAGUUUUGAUUUUUUGGAUGAGUCGCUUGCAAAAUACGUUUUUAUGACUAUUGUUUCCUAUGAAUAUUUUCGCAUUACUUCUUAUUCUUUGGUUUCUUCUUUAAUGGUUAACGCAAUUGGUUUUGUUGAAAAAAAACGUGUAAUUAUUGAUGAUAUUAUUAAAGAAAUUUCUCAACACGCAAGUCGUAUUGUUUUUUAUAUUAGUGUUGCUAACUGGAAUGUUGCAUUUCAAUUUUUUCAGGAUAUUUCACGAAAGAAAUUGUUGAAUAUUGAAGAGGAUUCUUUUCAGUAUAAUUUUUUUGUUCUUGAAUGUUUUUGUCUUGAUUAUACGAGGAUGACAUCUAUAUUGCAUGAUUUAGUUCUUACGUUUCCUCGGAUGCGAAAAAAUUAUCAAAUUAUGGUUGCAAAUUCUUUAAGAAUUGGUAUUUGGAAUUGGAUUCACAAUUUUCCAGCAGAAUUCACUUCUUUACAUAAAAAACAAAGAGGAAUGUCUAAUGCAACAUUACAGAUUUUUGAUAUUAUAUAUGGAUGUUCUAUUAGUCAGAAAAGAAAAGAGAUAUUUUGGCCUUUGAAUAUGAUACUUUUAAUUAUUUGUCCGGAUAUAUUCAAUGAAGAAUUUGAAAUACUUAAAAAAUUACCUGUUUUUCAAAAAAAGUUAUUUUUUUUAGAUGAUUUAAAAAGGGCUUUGGAUUCCCCAAAAACUUUUCCUGUGGCUAUUAAUUGUUAUAUUGAUUUUCUGAAGGCUAUAUCUUUUGCUCCGCCUUUAAUUUCUUUAAGAAAAUUUACCCCUAAAAUUGAGCAGGAAAAUAGAAUUUUUGAAAAUAUUUUGUUUCGCAAUGAAGAAUCUGUUAUUAGUAAACAAAAUUUUGUUGAUGCAUUUGUGUCUCUUUUUGUUUUGGAUAUAAAACAUUUUGUAGAGAAAAUGCUUAAGCAGUUUUUUGAUUCAAAAGCUAUAUUAUUUAAUCAGUUAAUAUUUGUUAAAGGGUGUUAUGAUAUAGUUUUUAAAUAUAAAUGCUUUCCUUGGAUUCCUUUUGUAAAAUUAUAUCCUAAGCUAAUUAUUCACCUUGAAUUUAUUUUAAAGGAAUUGUUAAUUAUAUUUAAAAAUUCUGAUUAUAUCUAUAAUGUUUUGCAGAAAUCAAAAAGGAAUAUAGAAGGAAAUGAAUUAAUAGAUAUGUUUAUUUUUAUUUUAAAUAUUUGGAAAUCAGAUCCAGAAAUAUUACAAAUUAUGGAUGCUCAAUCUGAAAAUGAAGACAUUUUAAGUACAUUUUCUUUUAUUUUUUCUCAGUCUAUGGAUAAUAUAUCUCCUUUGAUUAUUAAUUCGGUUGUAAAAUUUAUUCUUUAUCUAUACUCUGAUCCUGAUUUAUUUCUUUGGAAAAAUCUUUCUGACUCUUCUGAAGGGCCCAAAAAAUUUUGGAUAUUUACAUCGCAUUUGAUGCUGUCUAUUAUAGGGAAAUUAUUGGAUGUAGAAAGUUCUAGUAAUUCUAUUAAGUUUUUUAUUGAAGCUUUUACUAAUUUAAUCCACUAUUUAAUUAGACUUUUGGAUGUAUAUCAGAUGUUUAAAUCUGUUUCUAAAUUGGAUAUUGUGGAAUGUAUUUCGCUUAAUGUUGUUGCCGAAAUGGCGUUUUUGGUACUUUUGUGUUCAUCAAGUACAGAAAUAUAUUUAAUGUCUGUAAAAGCUUUUGGAUUUUUUUUUUCUCAUUAUCAGUCGUUAAGCUUAGAUUUUUCAGAUCAUUUGGAAAUAUCUUUUAACAGUAACUUUUCUCUUUAUAGUGAGUUUAUUCUUGAGAUUUUUCCUAUGAGUCGUGAUGUUUUUCAGAAAAGUCUUAGAAUGCUUUUAAAGUCUAAGAUUAAAGCUACAUCAGGAGUUAUUAUGACAUGGGAUGAAAUGUUGAAAAGAUGGGCUAUGCUACUAAAUAUAAUUAUUGAUAUACCUGGUGAUCGAGUUGAUUUUUUAUAUCAUAAAAAGUUUAAUAUCUCAAAAAAGAAGUCGAAAACAGAAAUAAAGAGGUUUAGAGAGAAUAUAGAGGAAAAUAUUAUAGAAUGGCAAAACUAUACGGGAUUUCUUGUUGCUUUAAGUGCAUGUUGUUUAGAUUAUGCAACAACUAGUAAAUAUUUUCUGCCUAAUAAUGGUCUUUUUUCUAUAACAAAAGGUAUUUCGGGUUUAAAUGAACUUGAAAAAGUUAUUAUGCAAUUUUUUGAGGAAUUAGUAAGUUUACUAUCAUCUAGCUCAGCUAUAGUUCGUGAGAGUGUUCGUGUAAUAUUGGGGUCUGAUUUAAAUCAAAAACUAUAUAUAAUUUUAUUUCAUUCUUUUGAAAGCACAAUUAAAAGUUUUUUUGAUCUCAAAGGCGGAAUUAUUAAAAAUGAAAAGAAUAUUAUUUUUAUAGAACAAGUAAUAAUAUUACUCAAAGAUAUUUUGGACAAAUUGGACAAAUCUCUUGAUAUAUAUUUUUUUUUUGAUUUUUUUUGUCUUAUUUUAUAUAUUGCUCGUUAUCUUGAUUUUUUGGAAAAGAAUUUAGCAUGUUUGGAAAUUCGUGUUAAAUUUUGUUAUUUAUGUGAAACCAUAAUACUAAGGGAUUUGAGCUUUCAAAAAGAGUUUAAAAGAAGAAAUAGUAUCUUGACAAUUAUAUAUAAUUGGAUUUCCGAUUCUUUGAAAGUAAAUGAUGAUGUGUUUUUAUUAAAUGAAUUUUAUGAAUCUGAUAAAUUACAAAAAAAAUUGGAUUUAAAUUGUAUAAAAAUUAUAUCUCAGCUUUUAUAUAAGCUUCCUUUUUAUUCUUUAAAUUUAUUAGAUGUUAAUGAUAUUGAGUCGCAUGAUGUAUUAUUUCAUACUUAUUUUAAUUUUUUUAAAAAUUUACUACUGAAAUGUAAAUUCGUUAAGGUAUGUUUUUAUGAUUUAUUUGAUAUCUUUUCAAAGGAAUUUUUAAAUGAAUUAACAUUAUUAUGGGAUUUUAUUAUUUUAGGUUUAUCUAAUUUAUUGUUUUCAAAUAUGAAAUAUGUUUUAAAAUAUUACAUACAUAUGUGUUAUUGUGAUAAUAUAAUUAUAAGAAGUGCGUUUAUUCGAAUAUUAACUAUGUCUUUUAAACAAGAUAUAAAAUUAGGAAAUCUUUUGGAAGAUACUGAUAAAGACAAAUAUUGGAGAAUGACUGAAUUUUUAUUGAAAAAUCCAAGAUUUACUAUGGUUCUUUGUGAUAUAUGUCCUUCUGUUCAAAUCAAUCACUUAGCAUCUAGUUUAUAUCGAAUAUUUUCCUCGAAAGGGAAAGGGUUGUAUCUACUUGAAAUGUUAAUAGAAAAAGAAGUUAUGGAAACAAGAUCUGAAUCUGAACUUUUUCGAAGAAAUAGUAUAGUUAGUAAAAUGCUUUCUGUAUCUGCUCGAAUAGAGGGUUCUAGGUAUAUUAAUGAAGUAUUUAAACCUUUAUUGCAAAAAGUUUUGCAAAAUCCAGAUAUUUUUUGUUUAGAGCUUGAUCCUUCUAAAAUUGAAUCGAAAGAGAAAUUAAAUGAUAAUAUUUCUUCUUUGAAAUCCAUAGUAGGUUCAUUCUUGGAUGCUAUAUGUUCUUCAGUUGUUGAAAUUCCAAGAGCAAUUAAGAGAAUAUGUCAUUGUAUUGUUACAUACGUUUCUAGGAAAUUUCCUGAUUUUUGUUAUAUAUCUGUUGGUGGAUUUAUAUUUCUUCGUUUUUUAUGUCCUAUAAUUCUUUCUCCUGAAUCUGAAAAUAUAUAUUUUGAAUCUGCAUUGAAAGAUAAUCGUCGUGGAUUGUUGUUGAUUGCAAAAGUUAUUCAAAAUCUUGCUAAUAAUGUUGUUUUUGGUGAAAAAGAGUCUUAUAUGAUUGUUUUGAAUGAUUUUUUAGAGGAAAAUUUAUAUCGUGUGACUGAGUUCCUUAAAAAUAUAUCUUUGGUACCAGAAAGUGAUGAAUUAGGGUCUUUGUUAGUAAUGUCUUUUCAAUAUGAUUAUUCAUAUAUACAUUCUUUCUUGGUUGAAUAUAACGAUUUGAUUCGUACGGGUUUAAUGAUUGAUAAACGCAAUAUAUUUGAUCAUUAUUGUCAUGAUUCUAUUCAGGAAACAAAAGGUUUGUUUGAUGAAUUUGGGAAAAUUUUGGAUUUUCUGGGAUUGCCUCUUCAACGUUUUUGUUUUAAAAUAUCAUCGAAUUAUAUUUUGUUUGAUAUGUCUAAUAUGGUUUUUGAAAAGUUUAUGGAAAAAAAUUCUAUUAGAAAUAUAAAGUCAAUUAGUGGUUUUGAAUUAAUACGUCAAGGAGGUGUUUCAAGAGAUAAACGACCUAUCCUUUAUUUGUCUUUGAGAAAGUUUAAUGCUACUUAUGAUAAUUUUGAGUACAUUGUAUACUAUUUUUUAAAGACUGUUCAAAAUGUUUGGGAUAAUUCUUUCGAAGUUAUGGUUGAUAGCACUGAAUAUAAUAUGUCUGGAGAAAAUGCUUUUCAGUUAUUUCAGAUUAUUAUAUUAUUAUUGCCUCAUCAAGCUUUUAGUAAUUGUUCAGUAAUUUAUUUUUUGAAUCUUAGUACUUAUCUUCGAAGAAAGUUGCAAAAUUCGUUCGAAAGGAUUAUUAGUUUGUUUAAAUUUUCAAAAAUAUUAUUUUUAUUUAGUAAAGAAGAGUUAGAGAUUUAUGCUAAUUUAGAGGACUUUAGUCUUUCUAAAGAAACUGUUUCUUUUUUUAAUGAUACUUUUUCUACUUUUCAUUCAAUUAUUCGUCAUGUAUAUUAUGAAUCUUGGAUUGAUGUAUCGAUUAAAAUAGGGUAUAAAUAUAUUCAAAUAUUUACUGAUGAAAAAUAUGAUAUCUUUCAUAGUAUAUCGUCCUAUAUUAGUGAUAUAUAUCAUAUUUCUGAAAUUGAUAUAAAUAUUUUUGUUGAUUCAACUGAAAAAAAUAUUUUUUUUUUCAGAUUAAAUCAUGAAAAUGCUUCUAUUUUGUUUGGUGGAGCAAAAAGAUAUUCAAUUGUAAAGGCAGUUAAAAAAUCGAAAGCGAACUAUUUAUCUUUAUAUAAGAAUUGCUUAGAUAGUAAUCUUUAUCCGAAGGAUAUUCAGGGUCGAUUGCUUAAUAUAGUACUUUUGAAUUCAGUGAACAAAGAUGAUGAACUUCGUUCUUCUAGUUAUGUUUUUUUUUGUCUUUUAGGACAAUUAUUUCAUUUCGAUUUAGGAUUGAAUUAUUUAAAUUUAGGGGAUAUUUUUGUACCAAGAAAUAAUGAUUAUCAUAUUAUUUUUCUUAGUGAAAAGUUAUCUUUUUUAGAACCUCAAUUGACAUUGCAGUUUUUGGAUGAAUUUUGCUCUACUUUUUCACUUUAUUCUUCAAUUGAAAAGCAUUAUUCUUUGUUGUAUAUUUCAUCUUGGCUUAAUAAUUUUGAAAAAGUUUUGCUUGAUGGAUAUAAAAGUGUUAAUUUCUUGGAAAAAGUUCGUCAAAUAAUUCGACUAUUUAUAGAUUUUUCUUUAAGAAAUCAAGAAUUUUUAAGACUUAUUGAUAUUUCAAUAUGGUCAGUUUUAGGGAAAAUACAUAAAAUUUUUGAUAUUGUUAUUGAUGAAUUAGUUUUUUAUGGUAUUACAUUUGGGUAUGGGACUCCACAAUAUGAGCUUAUAUUACAUAUAUGUAUGGCUAUGCAGUCGGUAUGUUUAAAAAGUAAAAUACUUAUUAGAAUAAGGAAGGCAUUAGUUAGAUCUUCUCUCGAAUUUGCUUAUUCUUUAGUUAAAUGUGAAGUUUGGUUAGAAAUAUCUAUUUUAAUUCAUAUGUUUUUAAUUUUUUCAUUUACAAAUCAUCAAGCACUAUUUCAUUUGCCUGAUAUUUUUUAUGUGGUAUCUUUGACCUUAAAAAAUGGUUCGAAUUUUGAAACUUCAAUUAUAUACAAUUUUUUUAUAAGCAGUAUUCACUCUUUUUGUAUAUUUUUGCCUAUUGAUAAACAGAACCUUUUUAAGCUAAAGAUGUUAUUUGAUGAGUUUCAAACAUCUAAAUUUCAAUUUCUUUUUGGUCUUGAUUUUAGAACUAAUAAAUCAGAUAAUCAGAAUAAUGUAUUUUAUGGUUUAUCUGAUAUAUCGGAUCUUAGAGCUUUUGAGGCUUUAAUUUUGUUAUUAUUGGAUAGUUUUAAUUAUAUUGCUCCAUUAGAAGAUAUUGCUAAUUUUUGGAGAAGUCGUUGGAUGAGUCUUGUUUCUAGUAUAGCAUUCGGAGAAAAUAUUGCUAUACAGACCAGAGCUAUGAUUUCUUUAGGUUGUUUAGCGAAUGAUAAAAUUUCAGAUGAUAUUAUGCGUCAGGUGUUUUUUGUUUUAAAUAAAUCUUUAGUAGAAUAUACGGAAAACAAUAUUUUAUUGUCUGUAAGUGUAUUGAUGUGUCUUUCAAGGAUGAUGCAAAAUAUGUCCAUUUAUUCAAAAUAUUAUCAAAUUAUAUUUUGGCUUUCUGUUUCUAUAAUUCAAAUUGAAGAUAUAAAUCUUUUCGGUCCUGCAGCUUUACUAAUGCAAUCAUCUAUAAGGGCUAUGAACAAAAAUAAAUAUUUUAGCAAGAACUCUAUUUCUUUUGUUUUAUUGUCAUCUAUGACUUCUUAUGCAGAUAUUACAAAACAAUUAAAUGAAAAUUUUGGUAUUUGCUUUGGUAUUAAUUUUCCUUUUAGUAUUGUUAUUAUCUUGUUAAAGGGUUUGCGAAAAUCUUCAACUAGAUCAAUUACAAUGGACUUAUUGAUGUCUUUUUUGGAAGUUACAGUAGAUUUUUUAAAGACUACUAAUUAUAUGAAAAUGGAUAUUUUAAGUACUGAUGUUUUAGCAUUUAUUAUUCCAUUACUUCUUGUUUCACAAAAUAUAGUAGAAAUGAGAAAAUUAUUGUCUUUUAUUGGUAUAAAUGACGUUGAGUCAAAGUUUCAUGAAAUAUCAGAUAUUUCAUCAAUUUUAUAUACUAAAUUUGAAAUUUCUGAUAAUAUGAUUGCGUUAUUAUUUCUUUCUAUAAUUAUGGAAAUGCUUAAUUCAGUUGAUAAUGAGCAUGAACAGGUUGUACUAUAUAGUAUUUUAAUUGAAGCAUCUGUUGCAAUACCUGAAACCUUUCGGUUAAUUUGUGAUGAGUUAAAAUAUAGAUCAAGUAUUAUUAUGAAUACUACUCAAAAUCCUUCUGUUUUAAGUAUAGUUCAAAGGCUCUAUCUUAUUAUUGUGUCAAAUUCUUAUUAUAAUGUUACAGGGGCUUCUAUACAGUCACGCAUAUUAUUAUUAGAAGAUCUUAAUUUCUCUGGAUUGAAGAAUUGUUGUUAUUUUUCUAGCUUAACUGAAAAUGAUACAAAAAAACGUUUAAACCUUGUUGAACAGUUAAUUACUACUAUGAUUAAUGAUUAUUAA